AUGAAAGCAAAAUUCGAAGCGGUGGAAGGUGGUAGCGAGCUUGGUGCCCUUUGCCUCUUGGUAGUGUUUGGUUCAUCUGUCAAGUCAAAAGAUGGAGACUAUACUUUGAAACCAGAUUGCGUCAAGAAUCUUGAAGAGGGAAUGGCAGUAUCCAAAGUGCUGCGGAUACCAACCAAUGACAUAUUUGGAUUGACAGAAGCAUUCUGGGAGUUGACAGGAGUUCAAGAUGAAAUGUCAGAAGUUCUUGCUUCUCACAGCUUUUUGGGUGCCCAUCGAGAAGCUGAUAGCGAGACCACCACGAAUAACUUUACAGGGCAAGUCUUGCGACUCCGCCCAAAAUUAAAGACAAAAAAAGCAGCAGAAACGCAAGGCAUUGUAAGGAAAACAGAUGAAGUGACUGGCUAUUUGGACAAGUUGCUUGCAGGUCUAGAUGACAUCGUUAGAGGACAACCAUCAGAUGGAGAGAAAGAGAAGCAAAAGAAACGAAAGGCAACUGAAGAAAAGACAACCAAAAUACAAAAGCCUCGCAUCUGA